AUGUUUUUUGGUCCUCACGAACGAAAGGCGCUCUACGAAUCCGAUAGACAAGUAAUUGACACUAAUUCACCAAUUGACUAUUUGCCAAUCUUCUUGAGUGAAGCACCAUUAUUGUUCAAAAGCGGGAAAUUCCCAAUUGAUGUUGCUCUAAUUUCAGUUUCUCCACCAGACAGGCAUGGAUUUUGCUCCCUAGGAGUUUCAGUUGACAUCUCUGCAGCUGCUGUUCAGUGUGCAAAGAGAGUCAUUGCCCAAAUCAAUCCCAACAUGCCAAGAACUCACGGAGAUGGUUUUAUUCAUGUGAAUAAUGUUGAUUGUGGUGUCAUUACGCAAACAGAUCCUGAAAUAGCCCAUGUAGAUGAAAUUCAUAGAAGGAUUGGAGAAUAUGUAGCUGAAUUGAUUCCAAACAGGGCCUGUAUUCAGAUGGGAAUUGGAGAAAUCCCAAAUGCAAUCUGUUCGUCACUAAUUAAUCAUACAGAUUUGGGAAUUCAUACUGAGACAAUGUCAGAUGGUGUAUUGGAAUUGUUCAAUAGAGGUGUCAUUACUAACAAGUACAAGAAUGUUCAUCCAGGAUUAUCUGUUUGCUCAUUCGUGUUGGGUUCUAAGGAAAUGUUCGAUUUCGUUGAUGACAAUCCAGAAUUUUUAUUCAGAACUUCAGACUUUGUGAAUGAUGGUGCAGUAAUUAAAAUGAAUAAUAACAUGAUAGCCAUCAAUAGUGCAAUUGAAAUUGACUUGACAGGUCAAGUAUGUGCAGACUCUAUUGGUACAAAAAUUUAUAGUGGAGUAGGAGGUCAAUUAGAUUUCAUGUCUUCAUCUGCAAAAUCAGAAGGUGGUAAACCAAUCAUUGCCAUUCCAAGUUGUACUCGUAAGGGAGAUUCCAAAAUUGUUGGAAUGCUUCAAAAUGGUGCUGGAGUGGUCACCACAAGAAGUCACAUUCACUACGUCUGUACAGAGUAUGGUAUUGCUGAGCUUUAUGGAAAGAAUAUGAGACAACGUGCAAGAGAAUUGAUAAGAGUUGCUCAUCCCAAACAUAGGGAUAGACUUAUUUCAGAAGCUAAACAAUUCUAUGGAUUAUAA